AUGUAUUAGCAUUCAUUUCAAAUUCGCCAACAUUUAGCUCUAAGCCUCUAACACCAUCAGAAAUAAUGGCUCACAUUAAACACUUUGAAAACCUGAAAAUACAACUAGAAGCUAUAAAAUCAGCAACCAACAACUUUGCUAACGAUAUGUGCAUCGGUGAUGGUGGAUUUGGAAAAGUUUACAAGGGAGAAAUCAUCCAUUCCAACGGCCAGAGCAUGGUCGCUUUGAAACGUUUAAAUCGUGCCUUUGGGCAAGGAGAUCCCGAAUUUUGGAAAGAGAUCAUGAUGCUUUCCUUUUAUAAACAUGAAAAUAUCGUCUCUCUCUUAGGUUAUUGUGAUGAUUGUGAUGAGAAGAUCCUUGUCUAUGAGUUUGUAUCUAAGAAAAGUCUCGAUUUGUAUCUCGACAAAGAUGAUUUAAAUUGGGUCCAACGUCUUAAGAUAUGCAUUGGAGCGGAACGAGGAUUGGCAUACCUUCAUAGUCCUAGUGACACCCAGCUUAGGGUGUUACACCGGGAUAUUAAAAGUUCCAAUAUCUUAUUAGACGAAAACUGGAAUGCCAAAAUAUCAGAUUUCGGCCUGUCUAAGUUUGGUCCUGCAAACCAACAAUUCACAUACCUAGUAUCCAAUCCCGUGGGCACAAUUGGGUAUUGCGAUCCAUUAUAUGUAGAAUCUGGUUAUUUGACAAAAGAAUCAGAUGUUUAUUCUUUCGGUGUGGUGUUGUUUGAGGUAUUAUGUGGGAGGUUGUGUAUUGGCAACGAUACUAAUAAGUUGCGGCCUUUAACAAGAUUGGUACGAGAGCAUUAUGACCAAAACAGAACAGAUGAGCUUAUUUUUGGCAAUAUAAAGGAUGAAAUACAUUCUGAUUCUUUGAAGGUAUUUGUAGAACUAGCUUAUCAAUGUUUGAAAGGAAACCGUGAAGAACGUCCAUUAAUGACCCAAAUUGUGAGAGUUCUUGAAAUUGCACUCGAGUAUCAAUGCCUAGAGCCAAACAGAGCAGGAAGAAUCCUAAAUGUAAAUCUUUUAAAAGAAAUGAACUUAAAAAGAAGAAGAAGAGCUGGAAUACUGAAUGUGAAAGUUCUGCGAGCAAUAAAUGUCAGAAGAAGAAAUCCGUUUGCUGCUUGUAAUCCUUAUGUGAUACUCAGACUAAGUCAUACUAAUCUUCCACCCACGAACAAAACAACUGUGAAGCGCAAGAGGAGAUAUCCAGUAUGGAACGAAGAAUUCAGUCUGUAUGUCGAAAAUUUUGAUAUUCAAUCUCUACACAUCUCAGUUAAGAGUGCACAAUCGGUUGAGAAGCAUGAUUAUCUAGGGACGACUCAUCUGAAAUUGAAAGAUGUUACUCCUGAAUAUCCCAAGACUCAUAAUCUUUUGGUAAUUACAAAUUUCAAUAAUUUUCAUGUUUGCCACCUCGAGGUUGAAACGGUGUACAAGCCUUUCACAUCUGAUCGAAUUUUGGCUGAUGAUGAAGGCGUAAGUACUGUAAUGCCAAAGGCUCCUGUUGGGACUCCUGAAGGCGGAGGAUUGCUUGUAGUUAUAAUUCAUGAAGCUAAACAUCUUCAUACUAAUGAUCACUGCAAUCCAUUUGUUACCUUGCUUUUUCGGGACGAAUUAAAAAAAACACAGACUAUGAAGGGAAAUCGAUAUCCAGAAUGGCGAGAAGAGUUUACGUAUAUGCUAGAGCAGCCACCAGAGGACGAAACGUUACGCUUGAAAGUCAUUAGCAUGUCGUUCUGGGGACAAGAGGUUUUUUGUCAAUUCAUACCAAAAACUUGUCAAAACGAAAGGUGUAGUGCUAAAAGUUGAUGAAACUUACCAAACACAAAAAACAAAAAAUAACGGGGUCACAAGCUUGCAUUGAGGAGCCAAAAAAGUUGUUGAUAGAUGCCACAAUCGGCUCUAUUUUGCCCAUAUUCAUUUUGCCAAAAUGUACCAAUUGCACCCUUGCCCCUUAGUACUUAUAUGGUUUUACAAAUAAAUUGUUGUGUUUUGAGCGGACAGAUUAUUGGGUUUUUCCCUCUGUAAUAAUUUAAAACAUCUAAAGACUCGAUGCGACACUAGAUUCGUCAUUUAAGCGGGUUAUCUUUAGUCAAUGAAUUACUAUG